AUGUUGACCCGAUCUUCGGCAGCAAAGAAAUCUAAUAAUGAAACGGAAGGCAAAAAUUUAUUUGCGCCAAUAUCUCCAGUUCAAACGUGUCCGGAACUUGAAAUUGUAAAACCGGUUAGAAAACGGUCUCGACGCACCAACGAUUCUAAAACAUUUGAAAGUACACUUUCAUCAACGAGCACCAAAGUAACAACUUCAAGUGUCAAUACUACCAGUAACAUUAAUGAUGCUACAAAUGACGCUAAUGUUAAUAAUGAUGUAAAUAUCAAUAAUGAUAUUAAUGAUAUUAAUGAUAUUAAAGAUGUAAUUACUACUAUUAAUGAUAUCUUAUCAAUGUCCAGUACAUCUGAUUUAAGUUUUCGUAAUUUUCGUCUACGUCGAAUUGUGAAAGAAAAUCAUGGUCACGAUAUAAAUCAGUUAGCAUUCUUUUUCAACUUGAAUAAUUAUGAAGCUCCAGUAGGAGCACAAUAUAAAAAAAAAUUUAAUAAACUUGGUCACGUCGAAAGGAAUCAACGAGACACAAGUAAUAUUUUAGCGAGUGUUGGUGAUUUUCAGGCGAAUAUUUAUGAUAAUGAACAUUGUGGAGAUCAUUUAGACAUAAUGUCUAAUUUUGCAGUAGGUGAAAACGUAGAUUUGGCUUCAAGUGAAUUAUUAACUUGUUGUUGGAUACAUCGUGAUGAUGAUGCAUUAUUGGCAGUGGCUGGAAAUUCUUGUAUCAUAUAUAUUAUUAGUCUUACACUCUCUAUUACUUUACGAACAAUAAAAGGACACACAGAUAUCAUUACUGAUAUUCAAAAGAAUCCAAUAGAUGAUAUUCAUUUAUUAUCUGCAUCGAAGGAUUCCACUGUUAGAUUAUGGAAUGUUGAGAAUGGCACAUGUUUAUAUGUGUUUGAAACUAAAGUUUCCGUAAUGUGUUGGCAUCCUUCAGGACAAACGUUCUUGACAGGAAAUUAUAAUGGAGAAAUAAGGAUAUGGGAAACUCCAGAUUUGGUAAAUAUUCCCACACGAACUUUAAAUUUCAGUCAUAAAGAUUUGAUAACACGAUAUAAAAAAAUCCAUACCAGUCAAAUAGAUUGUAUUCGCUUUGCAAACAAGCAUGUACUCUCGAAAUCAGUAAAUGGUAAGAUUGAAUAUUGGAAUUAUCAAACUUUCGAAGGACUUAGAUCUUUUACUAUUAAGAAUGGUAUUAAUAAUAGGUCAAGGUUUGAUGUAAGUCUUGAUGAAAAAUUUUUCUGUGUGGGUACUAGCAAUGGUAGUAUCAUUAUAUAUAAUGUUAUAAAUGUUAUUGCAGCCGGUGAAGAUGGAUAUAUUUGGAGAUAUGAUUAUAUUGAUGACGCUACAUUAGUAGAAUGGGCAAAAUGGAAACCAAGCUAA